AAAAAAAAAAACUAUAACACCCGUAUUACACUUGGACUCCCCCUCUGUCUCUCUUCUCUCGCCUCCUUUGUUCAAGAACAAGAAAUCUGAAAGGCCCUUUUGAUAUUGCAAAACAUGGAGAGAAAAGAUCUUGAUUACAUUUUGGUCCCAGCAGGCCUCCUAGUCAUGGUGGGAUACCAUCUCUGGCUCCUCUACCGAAUCAAAACCCAACCCAACAGCACUGUCAUCGGCAUCAAUUGCAUCAAUCGCAGUUUAUGGGUGCGCGCCAUGAUGGAGGACACGUCCAAAAAUGGUGUUCUUGCGGUGCAGACGCUUCGAAACAACAUAAUGGCAUCAACCCUUUUGGCCUCUACGGCGAUCAUGCUCAGCUCUCUCAUUGCUGUGUUGAUGAGUAGUGUAAACAAAGAUCGAAGCGCGUCGGUUUUCGUUUACGGGAACACAAGCGAGAUGGGAUACUCAAUCAAAUACUUUUCCAUUUUGGUCUGUUUCUUGGUGGCUUUCUUGUUCAAUGUGCAGUCCAUAAGGUACUACAGCCAUGCAAGCAUGCUGAUCAACGCGCCGUUCAAGAAGAUGUCACCGCAUCUGAAGCAUCACAAUUUGACAACAGAGUAUGUGGCAAACACUGUGAACAGAGGCAGCUACUUCUGGUCUUUGGGUCUCCGAGCCUUCUACUUUUCGUUCCCUCUGUUCUUGUGGAUCUUUGGUCCCAUACCGAUGUUCGUGUCCUGCUUUGUUUUGGUUGGCAUGCUCUAUUUCCUCGACGUCACUUUCCAAUUUGGGUGGGUUGUUGGGGUUGACGAUGAGGAACAUAGCAUCAUCACCAAGGAUGAAGAACAAGGGGUGUAAAGCUCUAGCUAGCUAGCUCAUAAACAUUUCGAUUAGCAUAUGUAAUGUUACUAAUAUAAUAGUGUCAAAAAUUACCCACUAGUGAAAAGCAAAGAUGUAGCUGUUCAUAUUCAACACAAGUUGAAUUGAAUAGCAAAGAUAUUUGAUCAAAAUAAAAGCUACUUCUUAUUUCUUAUUCCUUGGUGUUCUGUUUGUAGGGUUUUGGCAUCGUAUGUAAUAGGGAAUCUUCAGCCGCUGUCUCGAAUCUUUGUUGCCUUGAUCACUCUUCAUUUCUUCUUUCUUCUUAUUCCGAUACGGAAUGAAAGGUACUACUAACAACUUCAGUUUGUUGGGUUUUGUCAUUGUAUGUGUAAUAGGGAUUCUUCAGCCGGUGUGGUGAAUCUUUGUUGCCUUGUUCAUUCUUGUUAUUCCGGCAGGGAAAUCCUCAGUUGGUGCAGUGAAAUCGUUUUGGUUUAAUAAAGAAGGCAUCUUUUCCCAUA